AUAGGCAGUGAUUUUUCUCCCAAUUCCAAAUACAACGAGUCAAUGCCAUGGUCAGAAUGCAAGAUUUUCAGUUCGCGAUUCCUUUCUAGUUUAUACCUUAAAUUCAAUACUGUACACAAUAUAAUACAGAAUCGAGUAUUGUAAUGAGGAGAUUCCACCGUUUCUGCAUCUUCUUGUUCCUCAACUCCAUCAAUUUUUGGUUCCAGUGCGCUGGUAAAACAAGUGAAGUUUGCAUUUCUCCCGGUGGUCGAUUCCCCCCAUUUUCAAAUGUAGGCAAACCCCCCAAGAAAGCAAGCAAAGGUCCCAGAGAUCUUACACUUUGUAGGGUUUUCCGCAAAAAGACAUGCUGUGAUGUAACUCAGACGCAUCCUGCUUUGCUGUCCAUCAGGAGACUUGCAUCGUCUGGAGAAGCAAGCCAAGAGUGCUUGAAUUUAUGGGAAUUCUUGGAAUGUUCUAUCUGCGAUCCAAGGGUGGGGGUACAGCGAGGACCUCCUAACAUCUGUGCAUCAUUUUGUGAUAGGAUCUAUGAAGCAUGUUCAACAGCAUACUUUGCUAUUGAUGGAAAGACACAGGUACUAGCACCAUGUGGCCAAGGUGACUUUGUUUGUGGUAGAGCUUCAGAGUGGGUCUCUAAUGGGACUGAGCUCUGCAAUGCUGCAGGUUUCUCUGUCAAGCCUCUCGAUGAACCUGGUGAAUUUCCGUGCUAUGGAGGGAAGAGUAGCCUAGAUUAUAUUGCAAAUUCCUGGAAAUCUUCACGUUAUGAGAUUGUACGUGGAGACCAGAAUACUGAGGUUGUCCAGGAUUUUAUGCAAUUGAUUGCUGAUAUGCCAUUGAGUGAGAGAAUUUCUUGGGCUGUUGGAGGAAUGGUGCUUACAGCUGGACUUCUGUUUGCAAGUAGAAGGAAGAGCAACGGUCAACGCCAGAAGCAAGCAGCUAUCCAGCGUACUGGAAGGAGACUAGGAACUAGGAUAAGCCCUCCUGCAUCCCCUGUUAGCCACGGGAACAGAAAGAAUGUCGGAAAAUGAGUGCCAAGCAUAUUACGCCCCCUUUGUUACAGCCUUACAGGCGAGUAAGUUAUGCAAAAAAUGCCACCUCAUCUUCCUCCCUCUUUGUAAUUUUGGCUAUAGAUAUAUUUAGAUUUGUGUUACCCCUUGUUUAGUAACAUUUUUCAAGGCUAUUUCUUUUCACAAUACAUGGGAACGUCUUUACUUGGACUGGGAAGUGCUUACUCAAUAUUCUACUUGCACGUAGUCUCAAUAUUACAUAGGCUAAACAUCGUUGUGUUGAAUUCACCCAAAACACCUUUGUUUCGACACUCUUGAACAGGACACUCAUGCUAAUUGGUCGGGUUAGAUCUACAUUUGACUUUGCUUAUUAUGAACAUGACUUGAAGGUUUCCACCACCCUCUCGGUUUUGAAGGAAUUGUAUUCUGAAGCAGGAUGUGUAUUAGAACAGCCAGACCUUAUACUUGAAUGAGCUUUGAUGUAAUAUGGUGAGCUUUGCUCAGUAGAUAAUGUCUUGUGCUGUCGUAAACCAGCUAUACAGUGUCGUUUUCGAGUGACAAGUGAGUGAUUAUGUAUGGCGCCGUAUGCUAACUAUUAACUAGGUGUGCUAAACUCUAUUCACAUUCAAUUCAUCUUUUGCAUGA